AUUCAAACGUGGUAUCAUUCAUAUUCUAAAUCACUAAGGAUGUUGCGACGUCUUACACCGAGGCUAUCUGAACUUGGAAAACGGAAACUAUCAAGGCCAACUCCCUCAGGGGCAUUUCAAAGGAUUUCUAUACGCUCCCAACCUUCUCUCAACUUAAAUGGUAAUUUGGACCCGGUUUUUAAGUAUUUGGCUUUCAGGGUGAAUACUUACUGCACAGGCAAUAAAAACACAAACGAAGAAGUGUGGAAUGAUCUUGAAAACUUGAGUGACUUUUACGAUCCCCAACGCGACUGGGACUAUCCAGAAGAAGAAGAAAAAUUCGAGGAUUUGAGCACUGAUGAAUACAACCGCUUGUUGGAUCGCCUGCAGCAAGAAGGCCGACUACCUCUCGGGGAACAAAGGGACAACAACCAUAUGUCCCUGCCUAAUCGCUCAUCCAUGCUGUCUAAUACAGGCGAAGAGGCCAACGCGAACAACAACGAAUUGAGCACUCGCUAUCGUAUUGGGACUCUUUCGAUGCCCCAAUCACUCAUUCUUCGAAUUCGAGAAACUCUAAGCGCUUAUUUCCCCAAGGAUGCUACAUGCAGAUAUGUAUUGUAGUAGUAGCAAGUUCCAGAAAGUUAUCAUCGAAACUUAGCGGAAUUCAGAAUUUUUCAUUUCGUGUAAACUAUUAGAUAUUUGUUCAUUGGCGAAA